CAAAUCCAUAAUGACGGCUUGUAACAUUGCUAAUAACGGUGAUGUGCUUGUAUGUGUAACCGAUGGUAAAGAGAGACAAUCCCAUUUGUGACACAAACAUCCAACAAAAUAGUCAGGGCGCGACUACUGUAAAUGUGUAUCUUUAAAAGGUUUUUUAAUCUGUAAAAUUUUACUCUCGUGCUGAGCAUUCAGUUUUACUGCCUUUGAGGAAGUUUGUUGAACGCAACACGGGUCUUUUGACUUCCCGUGAUGCAUCAGGUUUCCAGUUAGACAGCAACAAGAGGAGGAGUCGUAUGUGGAGUUUUACGGGUGCAUUAUUACGCUUGACUAUUGCGAAAAGGGGCACUGCACGGACUCAAAUUCGUCUUGGCAUUUGAUGUCCUUUACAACGAGUUCACAACAAGUUCCCGAGGAAUACGGGCGUGUUUGGGCGAGUGUGGAGACAGGUUAGCCAAACUGUUUGGGUGCCAUGUGAGAAUAAGCCCUCACUGGAGGUGCCAUGCUUGCCACGCAGAUGCCGGAAAAGCAACCAGAGGAUAAAGAUGUCAAACAGAUCAAAGAGAAGUUGGUCCAGUCUCUUAAAGCCCUCCAGAAACGAUACGUGACAUCAGAUGCUGUGGUCACUAGUGAAGACGGGGAUGCUAACCUCCUCUGCUCUGCCCUGGAGGCCGUUUUCAUCCAUGGGAUCAAGAGCAAGUAUAUCCGCUCCGAAGCUGGAGGCUGGAGUAGGAAGGGGGAUCGAGGAGUCCUCCCUCAGCCUUAUUUCUGGAGCCUCCUCAAGACGGUCACCCACCGUGACGUGAUCACAGAGCUGGAGAAGAUCAGCUACCUCGGCACAGACGUGGGCCGCUGCAGGGCGUGGCUGCGGCUGGCCCUGAACCACAGCCUUCUCGAGUGCUACCUCGUGUCUCUGUUUCGGGAGGACUCUAAGCUGCGCACCCACUACCAGCCCGGCGCUUUGCUCCUGAAUGAAGAGGAGCGAGAAGUUCUGCUCAGCUACCUCCAAGGUUUGGCCUCGCUCACGUUCAGCUUGUCCUACAAGUCGGCUGUGCUUAACGAAUGGACCACCACGCCUCUGGCUCUAGCUGGACUCUGUCCACCGGCCCAGUUGGACAACCUCAAUGACGGCGGCUGUCCCGCCUCGAAGCCAGUGCGUAAGGAGUCGUGGGACACCGUGUCUCAGUCGUCCGGUUCAUCGGAUGCGACGGAUCCGCAGAGAGCGUGCCCAGUGUUCCUUUCCGGCGGAGCUGAGGUUUCACAAGGAGAAAAGACGGCACUUUACUCCUCUAAUUUGAGUUUAGACACCACAGGCUCCUCCCAGCUCUCCUCCAGCUUGAGCUCCGAUAGCUUCCUGCACGGCCAGGACCCCCGCAGCCCGACUGCAGAGCAGUGGUCUUCAGGUGACCUGGACACCCCCAUUAAUGUCAGAAACGGCACCAAAAGGCACCAGAAAGAUGUGCUGUGUGACUUCCGAGAAGGUGGACAGUGCAGUCAGGACUCGAUGCGUGAAGACUCGUUCGUCUCCAGCACAGGAGGCGAGCCAUUCUCGGAGAACACGACGUUCAGCGGUUCAGACAGUGAGAACCAAGACCACGAUAUGCCAUCCCAAGACCCUGCAGAGCAGCUCCACAAUUCUGGUCCAGAGUCGCCUCCACCCGCUGUCCAGAUGCCAUCCUGCGAUGAGCCACCGGAUGACCAGGCACCACAGCAGAUCUGCCAUAAAGCCUCUUCUGAUGCUUCAUGCUCGGACACAGCCGUGCUCCCCUCUGCUAUCGGAUCCAUCAAGCCUGUGGAGGCAGAACACGUGACUGCUGUUCAGGAAACCGUGCAGCCGGUUCAGGAAAUAAAGCAAACGGGCAGCUCAGAGAGGAACAGCUCCGACUCACACACACGCAAAGGAUCGCGUUCAGCGAGUAUCGUCUCCAGAAAACUGUCUACAGAUUCACUCUCACAUUCACGGUCUUGGAUUUCUGAGGACGACAUCUACAAGCCUCACCUGGAAGAGGUGCCUGAUAAUGAAGAGGUGUCUCCCACAGCGGAUCUCAAGGCCUCCCAGUCUCCUCCCAGUGUCGUCCAUCGCAGACAAAUAGGGCUUUCCAACCCCUUCCGAGGCCUGCUGAAGCUGGGCCACUUGGAACGGCGGGGCGCGAUGGGGAUAUGGCGUGACUACUACUGCGAGCUCUCGCCCUACGAGUUCCGGCUGUAUCUGAACGCCGAGGAUCGGGAGUGCUGCGACAACUGCUCCCUUCUGCGGUGCGAAGACGUUCGCAUCACGUCAUCCGAGGGCCGCUUCGAGUUGGCCUUUCCAGGGAAGCGGCUCUACCUCCGGGCGGCCAAUCAGGAUGAAGCGGAGGACUGGGUGGACCGUAUAGUUGAGGCCGGGAACAAAUGCCGACCAACACCGAACGAUGACGAGCAUUUUGAAGUGCUGGAGCCUUCUGGUGAAAAUGGAGUGGACGAGCGCACGGUUUCAUCCCCGUCCUCUGCUCCUUCGAGCCCCGAGCGACGCUUCUCGUCCUCUGACUCGAGCGAGACGUCUGCUCCUCCGCAGGAGUUUGACUGGACUCGAACUACUGACUUGGAGACGGAUGCUCUCAAAGAAGCUGUUUUGUAUCUCUCCACAGACUCUGAAGCAAGGACAUGGGCCCCUUUGGUUUUUUCCCUUUCCUUGGAGGCCCUCAAAGCCUUCCGGGUACAGGAGGAAAGAAAGGUGUUGUGGCUAAACCAUCCUGUUGCUGAAAUCAGGGACGUCGUUCCGGACGUGUCCUUGGGAGGACCAGCCUUUUUCAAAGUCCUGACUGUGAGAGAGACCUUAAGAAUCAGGGCAGAGAAUGCGGAGGAAGCUCGCUCCUGGAGGGAUUUGAUCCGCGGAGCUCUGGACUCGUACUUGGAGAGCGGCGAGGAUGGAAUAUGCGAGGAGUUUGCAACGGUCUGGAAUACUGGAGUGAAUGGAAAGCUGCACAAACUGGUGCAACAUAGACUGAAAGAAAACGGAGCGCUUCUGCUGCACCUUUACACGGUCCCAUCAGAGAAGGGACUGGACAUUCAGGGCUUUAAAUGCACAGGCUGUCCUCAGCAGAUCGGCCCAUCCAGAGGCAGAGCCAGGCUGUGUGAGUUUUCGGGUCGGUACUACUGUGACUCCUGCCACAAGGGGGACACUGCCAUCAUACCGUCGCGCAUGGUGCACAACUGGGACCUCAACCAGCGAGAGGUGUCAAAGAAAGCUCUGCACCUGUUGGCUCAAAUCGAGCAGGAGCCUCUGCUGAACCUGGAGCAGCUGAACCCGGAGCUGGUUAACCAUUCAGAAUCCAUGGCUCAGGCCCACAGCCUGCGAGAGAGGCUGCGUCUGCUGGGCGACUACCUGCUGUCCUGCCGCAGCGGCGCCUGCAGGACACUCCAAACCAGGAUGGGGCAGCGAACCUACCUGUUGGAGUCGAGCCACCUAUACAGCGUCCUGGAUUUAAGACAGAUAGCAGAGGGCCAGUAUGCAGGCUUCCUGAUCUCCCUGGUGCAGCAUGCCUCUAAUCACGUGUUACACUGUGACCUGUGCACUCAGCGAGGCUUCAUUUGUCAGAUAUGCCACUCUGAUGACAUCCUCUUCCCCUUCCAGUUCGACACCACCACCAGGUGUAAAGAUUGUAAAGCGGUGUUUCACCUUCCCUGCAAGACUGCCCAGAACGCCUGUCCUCGCUGUGAGCGAAUGAAGAAAUACCUGGAGAGAGAUCUGGAGGACUGAGAACCGCAGCAAAGAUUUCACAAUCAGACUAUUUAUUUGCCGACGGACGACUGAAAGCAGAAAUCGAGAUUUUACAUGAAGUAGCCUGAAGUGCAAUUACAAGAAUGAAGGGCCCGCCCUGACUGACUGGACACUGAAGGGGCAAUGCGAUGAAGGAGGUUCAGUGUGACAGUAGCUAAAACUUUGCACUAAUUUAGAGGCCAAUAUACCGGACUGAUGCAACCAAAAGAUAACGACCAGAGAAUUUGUUAUUUCUACGAACAAUGAUUGAGCCACGAUGUUAAAACAAAAGCAGGACAGCAUAUCCAACACUUUAGUACAUGGAAGUGUUUUGAAUACUGAAGAAAUAUGGGAAUUUAUUUCAGCUUUCCUAACCUUGUGCAUCAUGCAACGUCGCAUUCUGUUUUUUCUCCUGAUACGGGACUCAGUGGUGAGGGUUAAAUGUUUUAAAUUAUUAAAGCAGCACUUAGAAUGAUCUCGUUAGCUGAUUUUGAUUGUGCCUUGAUUUUAUUUUCAAGCUUUAAUUUCCUUUUGAUUUAUAGCUAUAACAAGGCAAAAAUGCAGAACAUAUCUGUUCAUAUUAAACUGCAUAAGCAUUAAAUCUAUAGCAAUGAUUACGUUUGGUAUUUGGGUUUACACUUCUUAAUUUUUGUCAGUUCAGGACAAAGAUUUUAAAAAUCAAUGCGAAAAGAUAUGGAUUUAUGUAGAAAUCAUUAUUUUCCAAUGCAUCUACAAAACAUAUAUUUUGCAUAUUUGCACAUUAUCAAAGUUCUGCAGCAGAAUGUAGCUGCUGUACCCUUGUCUUUCACUGAGCAGACCUGGGUUUUUGUGUUUUUCUAAAUUCUUACUGCUCUGUUUUCGUGUCUUCAGUUAGCUGAUUCCAAUAAAUAUUACUCAAAACUGCCUAUAACAAAAAUCCUUUUGAUAUAUGCACAACAUAUCGUGUUUAAGGGGAGCAUUGAGAAUACUGCAGUGCUGUUAACUGCUAGAUAACACUUACUUUAUGUCCUGGUGAUGUAUAAGUGGCCAUUCUGAAAUAAAACUAUUGUAAUUGUAUUAUU